UUCGCGUACCCGGUAAGACAGAUCACCGACCCAGUAAGCGAUAACGCACAGUGCAUAUUACCGCAGAAGGCCUGCGCAAGCGGUGACACCUGUGAGUCAGAGGCGCUGGAAUGCUCGCUCUGGCUUGCAUCAUGCUGAUGAGCAAAAGCAGCACCCAUCACCGGCCUGACGGUGAGCUCUGAACGAAUGGUGAAAAACUGAGCUCCAUCCCAGACUGCGGCCAAGCGCGUCGAAACAUAAUGCGCGGCUGGUUUGUCUAGAUCGCCUUUCUCGUCACACAUUCGUAUUCCACUUAACGCAUGCAUCCUAUCGGACGCGUAGCUCAAGUGUUAUUUGUAUUGGCUGCCGUGCAGAGACAAAUCCUUGCUGGAAGUUCCCAGAUAGCAGGUAUCUGAAUUUUCUUCAUGCUGGGUGCAACCAUGCAUUAAAAGGACUCUGCACGGAUCACACAAAGGACUUGGCGCCACAGCAGAACUCGCUGCUGGAUGAAACAAAAAACGGACUUGCACUCUGCAGAGAAGGCCGAAACAACAUUGCCUCCAUGACGCUUUUUCCGUCGGCGGCGGGGCGGAGGUACACCGCGCCAGCAGCAAGCGAUUCGGGGCAACCGAAGAGCGAAGCGGCCAGCAUGCAGGAGGCGAGAAGGCGACGAACGGAGCGGCCGCAGAGGAAGGAGGGAGGCAGGGGGCGCUCAGAGGUGGAAGGCUUCCACAUUGAGCGCGCUGGCGCCGCCGGCGACUGGAGCGGGGACCGUGGCAGCGGCCAAGCCGCGGCGUCGAUGCAUCCAUGGGCGCUGCCGAUGCCCCCACUGCGCGGAAAGCAGAGGUACGUGCAGCGAAGCCGUCCAGGUGUGGGCCGACGGGGUGCUGCAAGCGACGAGAGAGUAGUAGCAAUGUAAGUUUCAGACAGCCAACAGCAACAUGCUGGUGCCCGCUGGGUGUAGGGCGGGGGCUGCGACGAGGCGCAAGGCCCAUGUCGGGAGCGGCCAAGAGGGGGAUGUCCAAGAGGGGGGUCAUCACCCCCCUCUUUGCCGCCCCCGACCAUGGAGCACCGCAGCCAGGGGGAAGUGCAUGCCGGGGCUGCAGCGACGGGGCGCCAUGGCGGCGCGCGGGGGGAGGGAGGCGAGGGGGGAGGGGAAGGACUGGGGGGGGGAGGGAAAAGGCGAUGGGGGGGGGCGCCCCGCCUGAUGGGGCACCCCCGCAGGCGGGGCGACGGCGCCUGGCGGCCCAGCGCCAGCGCUACUUCUGCC